GAGGGCGGGACUUAACUCAUCACGUGGCCACAACAUGGCAGGAACUUUGUGUACAGUGUGUGUCUUACUCGACAUUUAAUUGUAAAAAUAUGUGAAAAUUUUGGGAAGUUCAGGGAGUAGUCCACCUGUAAAGGAGGGCGCGCUGUAAAAGCGUUAAGCAGAGGUCUGAAUUGUGUCCAUUUUUGAUUUUUAAAUAUCACCAGUGGCAGGAAAAGUAUAUAACGCUAGCUCAUGGAUGCUAACCGUGUCCGCCUUGCUGGCUAACAGUAAACUCGCAGUGUUGCCUCGCUUUGUUUUACACACACAAGCGAAUGACAAAGUGCUGGCAGAAGAAUAGAGUUUGGGGCGCAAACAGCAGGGAUGAAAAAGUGGAACUGGCGGGAGGGACAGAGAGCCCGCAGGCGACACGGCCACCGACACGACUGGCACCGAGGUGACAGACACAGAGCUCAGGACGAGCCGCGGUAUGGACAUAAUGAAGCGGGGCCAUCUUUCAGAGCCUCUCAGAGGAGCUCUGAUGAAGACCAGUCAUCGUCGUCGUCUUCUUCUAAGGCCAGCAGUGCUGCACCUGAGCUGCCGGGGUUCUACUUUGAUCCAGAGAAAAACCGUUAUUUCCGCUUGUUGCCGGGUCACAACAACUGCAACCCGCUGACCAAAGAGCAGCUGCAGGAGAGAGAAAGGGAGAAACAGAGAUCUAAGAUGCUCACAGAGGAUGACAAGGCCAGAAAAAAAGCACCAAGAGCAGGACUGAACACAUCUCUGCUGCUGCAGAAAAGGCAGCUCGGCCUGCUACCUGAGAACUCCUAUUGCAGGUUGGUGCACGAGGUGAAGGUGAGCGGGAUGAGACGCCACAGACUGGAAGUGCAAAGCACAGACAACAGCAACCCCAACACUGACAACUUCAGACUCAUAGUGGGUGAUUCAGCUUGUGAGCGAGUGUUCACGGUCAACGAUGUCUCCCAUGGAGGCUGCAAGUAUGGUAUCAUGAACUUCAGUGGCUGCAGCAAGGGCUCUCUGUCUGUGGAAAUGUGUGACAACCUCUAUUUUACCAACCGCAAGGUGAAUUCCAUCUGCUGGGCCUCAGUCAGCCACCCAGACUCUCAUGUGUUGCUGUGUCUGGUGGGAAUGGCAGACACCCCUGGCUGUGUCAGCUUGCUGCCUGCUUCUCUCUUCAGCAACUCCAACCCAGACCAGCCGGGGAUGCUGUGUAGCUUUAAGAUAUCUACAGCCUGGUCUUGUGCAUGGUGUCUCAAUCCCCAGGCGGACAAGACCUUCAGUACAGGCCUGUCCCGUAGGGUGAUAGUGAAAGAUGCAGAGACGGGCCGAACGCAGACGUACAGCGUGAGCAGCGAUGUGUUGGCACAGCAGUUUGCACUGAGGGUCCCUGUGCUGUUUAAUGGUUGUCGAUCAGGGGAAAUCUUCAGCAUUGACUUGCGGCAGCGCGGGCGCAGGGACCACAGCUGGAAGGCCAGCCGCUUCCAUCAGGAAUCAGCGAUUACCUCUGUGCGCAUUCUGCAGGACGAGAACUAUCUGCUGGCUGCUGACAUGCUAGGCCAGAUCAAGUUGUGGGAUGUUCGCGUAAUGAAGGCAGUGCAGCAGUACAAAGGACACUAUAAUGAGCACACCUACCUUCCCAUCCAUGUCAAUGAACCUGAGGGGCUCCUGUUGGCAGUGGGCCAGGAUUGCUACACCAGACUGUGGAGCCUCAAGGACGGCCAUCUGCUGAGGACCAUCCCAUCACCCCACCCGGCCGCAAAAGACCUGAUCCCCAGCGUGGUCUUCUCGUCCCAGCUGGGUGGCCGUAGGGGGCUUCCCGGCCUGCUCAUGGCGGUCAAACAUGACUUGUACUACUUCCCCUACAACACUGACUACCAAGAGGGAGGGGAGCAGCAGGCUGGGUGCUAGGGGAAGAUGGCAUCUGUGCUGGGCUUUUACAUAGCAUACAUAGCAUCCUCUGGUGUAAAACUGUCUGAAAAAGUGGACACCAUAGUUUCCUGCCAAAUGUGUCCACAGUCUUACAUUCAGAGACUGAGUCAAAAACAAUAUGGGCCUGUUUUGCAACCCUACAGCCAGUUUGCAGUACAUUUUCAGCAGUUUGUACUAAAAGUUUAAUUAGGGGGAGGACAGUGUUUUCCUCAAGAACGACUCAGGAGAAAGAGUUUAUUUUAUAUGCAGACUUGUUGAUGCCAACAGGAAAGAGGAGUGCUGCAUGCAUGAGUGAUCUAACAGUUAGAUCUUGCUUACUGUGUUUUGUCCAAAAAGAAGUGCAAUUACAUAAGAUAUCAUUGAUCGACUUGACUUUCUAAUGAAAAUUAAGCUGGUGCUGACUUGAUCUAGAUUUGAAGAAGACACUGUGUUUGUAAGUCAAUGCAACUUUUUCAAAUUAUUCAUGAAUGAUUCUAUUAUAAAAAUAAUUUAAAAAACUGA